UCAUUAUAAAAAGCACACAAGGGCGUGUGUCUGCCAUACUUCAUCUUCAUCUUCAUCUUCACUCUUCAGUUGCACCACCAUGGCCACUAAUGAAACCAAGAUCACCAUUGAAGGCAAAGAACAGGUGGAAGUGAACUACUCCCAAAGAGCACAAUGGCUAAGAGCAGCAGUUCUUGGUGCAAAUGAUGGCUUAGUUUCCACUGCAUCACUGAUGAUGGGAGUUGGUGCUGUGAAGGAUGAUCCAAAGGCCAUGCUCAUCUCUGGCUUUGCAGGCCUGGUGGCCGGAGCUUGUAGCAUGGCUAUAGGAGAGUUUGUUUCAGUCUAUUCACAGGUAGACAUAGAGGUGGCUGAGAUGAAGAGGAAUGGAGAAAGCAAACAUGGAGAUGGAGGAGGAGUGCCGAGCCCCGUGCAAGCGGCCGUGGCGUCGGGGAUGGCCUUCUCUGUCGGUGCAGCGGUGCCAUUGCUUGCGGCUGGAUUUAUAACUCAGCAUAGCGUGAGGUUGGGUGUGGUGGCCGCGGCGGCGAGCUUGGCUCUUGUCAUGUUUGGGUUGACCGGGGCAGUGCUUGGCCGGGCGCCGGUAGUGAGGUCUACUGUCAGGGUGUUGGCCGGAGGUUGGAUGGCCAUGGGUGUUACUUUUGGACUCAUGAAGCUCUUUGGCUCCUCUGCAGCUCUUUGAAUGUUGUUUUCCCUCCAUCCUUCUGUACUUGUGGCAAGCCAACAUGUGGUAUAAUGGUUUCUCUGUGUGUCUGUUGUUGUAUGUUGAUUGAAAAAUCUCUCAUUUAAAUCAUGGAGAAUGAGAUAACUAAUGAAUGUUUAAUAGAGGAGCAUAUGAGAUUCAAGAAA